AUUUCCAUCCUUUCAAGCAAAACAUUAUUAUUCUCCUAUCCCUUAAAUUUUUUCCCUCUCUUUUGUUUUUUUAACCUUUUUCACAUUAUUAUAAUACUACACAUCACUCCUUUCUUGCACCGCACCUCACUAUAUGUGUGCCAUCCCUAAUCAUUUCUGACCCGUUCCUCCCCCUUUCUCUUUUUAAACUCUCUCUAAACAUUGCUUCGUAGAGAGGCAAAUACUAUUAAGUGGGGGGUGCAAAAAUGAAGCUCAAUUUCGCGGGAGGAGUAAGUGCUCUAUGCACUCUGCUUCUUUGUCUUGCUAUUUCUCUUUUCCACAUUACUGAAGCUGAAGAUCCCUAUAGAUUCUUCAACUGGAAUGUUACUUAUGGAGACAUUUACCCACUUGGAGUUCGCCAAAGGGGUAUAUUGAUCAAUGGACAAUUUCCCGGUCCAGACAUUCAUUCUGUUACAAACGACAACCUCAUCAUCAAUGUCUUCAACAGUUUGGAUGAACCCUUUCUCAUCUCUUGGAAUGGUAUACAGCAGAGAAGAAACUCAUUCGAAGAUGGUGUUUUUGGAACAACAUGCCCCAUCCCACCAGGGAGGAACUUUACUUACAUACUUCAAGUGAAGGAUCAAAUUGGAAGCUUUUACUAUUUUCCAUCUCUUUCAUUUCACAAAGCAGCUGGUGGUUUUGGUGGCAUUAGGAUACUCAGUAGGCCCAGAAUUCCAGUCCCUUUUCCUGAUCCUGAUGGUGAUUACACUGUCCUUAUUGGAGAUUGGUACAAAUCCAACCAUACGACUCUGAAAGCUCAUCUUGAUAAGGGAAAGAAGUUGCCUAUUCCUGAUGGAAUCCUCAUCAAUGGUCGUGGACCUAAUGAGAUAUCUUUCAACGUAGAACAAGGAAAGACUUACAGGCUUAGGAUAUCAAAUGUGGGAUUGCAACAUUCCCUUAACUUCCGCAUUCAGAAUCACAAAUUGAAGCUUGUAGAAGUGGAAGGAACACACACACUUCAAACUACUUACUCAUCACUUGAUGUUCAUGUGGGGCAAUCUUAUUCAGUGCUAGUAACUGCAGAUCAACCUUCUCAAGAUUACUACAUUGUGGUUUCCACAAGAUUCUCCUCUAAGAUUCUCACCACCACUGGAGUACUUCGAUAUAGCAACUCUGCAGGCCCGGUAUCUGGCCCACCUCCUGGUGGACCUACAAUUCAAAUUGAUUGGUCUUUGAACCAGGCCCGAUCGAUCAGGACUAACCUUACAGCAAGUGGACCUAGGCCUAAUCCACAAGGGUCCUACCAUUAUGGUCUCAUAAACACAACAAAGACCAUCAUUCUGUCUAGUUCUCCUGGUCAAGUUAAUGGCAAGCAAAGAUAUGCAAUUAACAGUGUGUCUUAUGUUGCCCCGGACACUCCUCUUAAGCUUGCCGACUACUUCAAAAUCUCCGGUGUUUUUCGUGUCGGAAGCAUAUCUGACAGACCCACUGGUGGUGGCAUCUAUCUCGACACAUCUGUCCUGCAAGCUGAUUACCGAUCUUUCGUCGAGAUUGUCUUCCAAAACAACGAAAACAUCAUUCAGAGCUAUCAUCUUGAUGGCUACUCUUUCUUUGUGGUUGGUAUGGAUGGAGGACAGUGGACCACUGCUAGCAGAAACCAGUAUAAUCUCCGAGACGCGGUGGCGCGUUGCACCACUCAGGUAUAUCCCUAUUCAUGGACUGCUAUUUAUGUUGCACUGGACAACGUUGGAAUGUGGAACUUGAGGUCCGAAUUUUGGGCACGACAGUACCUUGGCCAACAAUUUUAUCUGCGCGUUUACACGACAUCAACUUCAAUCAGAGACGAAUUUCCUAUUCCAAAGAACGCGCUUCUCUGCGGCAAGGCGAGCGGGAGACACACUCGACCCAUUUGAGCUAGAGAAGGCAUUCUAGCUUUAGAAAAUCGUGAAAAGUAGUUAACUUAUCUACUUCUAAUUUUAUCGUUGGGUGUUUCAAAUAUAUGUUACUAGUGUUUUUAAACCCGUGUCUCACACGGGUUAUAUGUUGGGGGUUCAGAUUCCAACGUUUGAAUUUGAGUGACCUCAACUCGAGGUCACAUUCUUUCUCAGCCAAACAAAAUAUUAUAUAUGUUCUUUGUAUUAUCUAGAAUUUUACUAUAGUAUCAUUAUUAUUAUAAAGUAAGGUGUGACACGGAUUGUGGAAAUUGGUAUUUUACACUGAGUUGAGCAAACGAUUCAUUUGUUGUACGGAAUGUAGAACUAUGUGAUUUCAAUUGCUAUUUAUGCAUAUAUUCUUUCUA